GGAACAUAUCGCUAGGCACGCUCCCCAAGUGCGGCCGUCGCCGUCCCGUUGCUCUUAUCUGCCCCUUUCUGUUUUUUUCAGGGCGAUUUUGAUUCGUCAUAAUAGAAAACAGCUGUCUGGUCAUUGUAUCUCCACUGAAUCGAUGGGUGAUCGCGUGUAAUAAAAUGUGUGUGUAGUAGUGAUUAAUCAGGGCUCUCAAGUGUCACACAUUGUAUUUCUCACACAGAAAAAAUAUGUAUGAUAUACUGUAUUUAAUAUGCUGCAGCGCCCAGAAUGUCUAUGGCUGCACCGCUCUCACUAUGGAACCGACCGGAAUGAAGCGUGUCUCCCUGGAGUCCUUAGACAAUUCUGCCAUUUAUCAGCCAAUCAAAAAAAGAAAGUGGCUACACAAUAGCCAAUCAGAAAAUAGCACAACUGUAUCUGGGUAAGAUUUUAACACAAAAACCAAUGAAAAAAAAACAUAUCCUGGAAUGGUUCACGCGUGAUUCUGCUACCGAAAGUAUCUUUCACCCUCAGAGGAAACCACUGGAGCUUCGAGCAUCACUUUGAGCACAGAUGUAAAUGCGGUCAGGACAUCUGAGUGAUCUGAGUAAAACUGAAGAGAUGGCUGCAGGGAGAUCUACUGGUGAUAUCCCCAAUCUCUCCGACUUGAGGAUUGUGUUGCUGGGGAACAGAGAAGCUGGGAAGAGUUCAGCAGGAAACACCAUCCUGGGCAGAGAGGAGUUUGACCCUGAUGUGAGAACACUGCAGUGUGUGAAGAGACAGGGAGAGGUAGCAGGGAGACAGGUCACUGUGGUGGACACUCCAGGAUGGAAGGAUUAUGAUCUUAGGUUUGAUAGAGAUUCUCCUAACCUCCUGAAACAGCAGAUUGUUCUCAGUGUGACUCUGUGUCCUCCAGGACCUCAUGCCUUUCUGCUGGUCAUCCAUGAGAAUGUGACCUUCACAGAGGCAGAGAGAAACGCCACAUCAAACCACCUGAGUCUUCUGGGCCAUGGAGCCUGGAAACACUCUCUGGUUCUGUUCAUUCAGGAGACUCCUGCAGAAGAGAAAGGCUUUGAGGUUAAAGGGAAAAUGCUCCAGCAGCUUGUAGAGAGAUGUGGGAACAGAUGUCAUGUCCUCAACAUCAAGAGCAAAGAUAAUACACAAGUCACACAGCUGCUGGAGAAGAUAGAAGAGAUGGUGGGAAGAAACAGUGGCCAUCACUAUGAAAUAAACAGAGAAAUAAUACAGAAGGUUGAAGAGGAGAGGGCAGAAGAAGAGAGGAGAGCAGAGGAGAGAAGAAAAAAAGUCCAGAGACUAGGAGGUGCACUGCUUCCAGAACUCAGAAUUGUGCUGCUGGGAUUUAAAGAUGCUGGGAAGAGUUCAUCAGGAAACACCAUCCUGGGCAGAGAGGAGUUUCGGCCAGGACAGAGAUCUGCUGUUUGCGUGAAGAGACAGGGAGAAGUAGCAGGCAGGCAGGUCACUGUGGUGGAGACACCUGGAUGGAAUGGCCAUUCAGUGAACAGCCCUGAGAUGGUCAGAAAAGAGAUUCUGCUCAGUCAGAGAUUGUGUGAUCAGGGUCCCCAAUGUUUUUGUUUAGUCAUAAGAGUGGAUUUUGCUUUCACAGAGAUACACAAGGCAUCCGUUCAGAAACAUAUAUUUCUUCUCAGUGAGACAGUGUGGUGUCACACCAUGGUGCUGUUCACCCAUGGAGACUGGCUGGGAGACACAACCAUUGAGCAGUACAUUGAGAGUGAAAAAGCCCUACAGACUCUAGUAGAGAAAUGUGGGAACAGAUGUCAUGUCCUCAACAAUCAGAAUAUAGGUGAUACUAUGCAGGUCACACAGCUGCUGGAGAAGAUAGAAAACAUGGUAGCAAUGAAUAAGAGCUCUCUCUUUAAAAUGAGUGAAGAUCUUUUACAAAACCUAGAGGAGCAGGCGAAGACGGAGAAAAUCAGAGCAGAGAAGAGGAUGAUGAAGGUGAAGAAACAAAGACAAGACCUCAGGGCAUCACUGGAUCAAAUACAUCAGUUAUCUCUAAGGAUAGUUCUUCUGGGAUUCAAGGAAGCUGGCAAGUCUUCAACAGGGAACACCAUCCUGGGUGAAGAUGUGUUUGGGUUGCGCUCUAUAUCAAAAUGUGAGAAGAGAGAGGGGGAGGUGGCAGGGAGGCAGGUCACUGUGGUCGACACCCCAAGCUGGUAUUGGAGAAAUGGCACGGCUAAAGCUCCUGAAUUCAUCAAACAAGAAACAAUACUGAGUGUGUCCUUGUGUGAUCCUGGACCCCAUGCUCUCUUACUUCUGAUCCGUAUUGAUGUCUGUUUCAAUAGUCAAUACAGACAAGAAGUGCCGCAAUAUUUGAAACUUUUCAGUGGGGAUAUCUGGAGUCACACCAUGGUGCUGUUCACCUUUGGGGACUGGCUGGGAGACACAACCAUUGAGCAGCACAUUGAGAGUGAAGAGGCCCUGCAGUCUCUAGUAGAGAAAUGUGAGAACAGAUAUCAUGUUCUCAACAAUAAGAAUAGGACAGGCGAUCAGGUCACAGAGCUGCUGGAGAAGAUAGAAGAGAUGGUAGCAGGAAAUAAAAACGAUCACUAUGAGAUGGACAGAAAGAGACUGGAGGAAGUGAAGGAGAGGAGGGAGAAAGAAGAACAGAGAGCAACAGAGAGACUGAUGAAGGUGGAGAGGCAAAGACAACACCUCAAGUCACUGAAGCCAGGAAAUUCAUCGCCGCGGUCAGAGUUCAGAGUUGUGCUGCUGGGACACAGAACAACUGGGAAGAGUUCAUCAGGAAACACCAUCCUGGGCAGAGAGGAGUUUGACCUGAAGAGAAGAACAGCUCAGUGUGUGAAGAGACAGGGAGAAGUAGCAGGCAGACAGGUCACUGUAGUCAAGGCUCCAGGAUGGUGGAAUAAUGAAAAGCUCAUAAACACUCCUGAGCUCACUAAACAGGAGAUUGUGCUCAGUGUGUCUCUGUGUCCUCCAGGACCACAUGCUGUCCUACUUGUCAUAGAUAUUGAACGUUCUUUCACAUUUGAAGAAAGAUUAACUAUUCAGGAACACCUCGAGCUUCUCGGUGGUAUUGUCUGGAGUCAUACCAUCAUGCUGUUUACCAGUGGAGACUGGCUGGGAGACACAACCAUUGAGCAGUACAUUGAGAGUGAAGAACACCUCAGAUAUCUGGUAGAGAAAUGUGGGAACAGAUAUCAUGUUCUCAACAAUAAGAAUAGGGCAGGUGAUCAGGUCACAGAGCUUCUGGAGAAGAUAGAAGAGAUGCUAGCAGGAAACAGAAACUGUCACUUUGAGAUGGACAGAAAGAGACUGGAGGAAGUGAAGGAGAGGAGGAGGAAUGAAGAAGAGAGAGCAACAGAGAGACUGAUGAAGGUGGAGAAGCAAAGACUACACCUCCAGUCACUGAAGCGGAAUUCGUCACCACAGUUAGAGUUCAGAGUUGUGCUGCUGGGACACAGAUAUGCUGGGAAGAGUUCAUCAGGAAACACCAUUCUGGGCAGAGAGGAGUUUGACCUGAAGAGAAGAACAGCUCAGUGUGUGAAGAGACAGGGAGAAGUAGCAGGCAGACAGGUCACUGUAGUCAAGGCUCCAGGAUGGUGGAUUAAUUUCAACCUCAAAGCCACUCCUGAGCUCACUAAACAGGAGAUUGUGCUCAGUGUGUCUCUGUGCCCUCCAGGACCUCACAUUCUCUUACUGCUUAUAAAAGUAGCUAAUUCUUACACGCAGGAUGUCAUUAGAAACAUCCAAGAACAUCUGGAGUUUGACAGAGUCUGGUGUCACACCAUGGUGCUGUUUACCCGUGGAGACUGGCUGGGAGACACAACCAUUGAGCAGUACAUUGAGAGUGAAGAACACCUCAGAUAUCUGGUAGAGAAAUGUGGGAACAGAUAUCAUGUUCUCAACAAUGAGAACAAAAGUGACAGAACACAGAUCACAGAGCUGAUGGAGAAGAUGGAGGAAAUUAUCUCUGGAAACGGGGGCCGUCACCAUGAGAUGGACAGAAAGAGACUGGAGGAAGUGAAGGAGAGGAGGGAGAAAGAAGAACAGAGAGCAGAGGACAGACAGAUGUGUGUCUACAGGCAGAGAUCUGCUUUUCGAUUCUCACAAGAUGAUGCUCCAUUUCUCCAAAAUAUGAGGGUUGUGCUGCUGGGACACAGACUAUCUGGGAAGAGUUCAUCAGGAAACACCAUCCUGGGCAGAGAGGAGUUUGACCUGAAGAGAAGAACACCUCAGUGUGUGAAGAGACAGGGAGAAGUAGCAGGCAGACAGGUCACUGUAGUCGAGGCUCCGGGAUGGUGGAAGAAUUUCAGCCUCAUAAACACUCCUGAGCUCACUAAACAGGAGAUUGUGUUCAGUGUGUCUCUGUGUCCUCCAGGACCACAUGCCGUUCUGCUAGUCAUACGCACAGAUUAUACUUUCGCAGAGGUCUACGCAAAAAGUGCCAGGUACAAUUUGAAGCUUCUUGGUAAAAAUGUUUGGAGUCACACAAUUGUCCUUUUCACCUAUGGAGACUGGCUGGGAGACACAUCCAUUGAGCAGCACAUUGAGAGUGAAGGAGAAACCCUGCAGUGGAUCGUUGAGAAAUGUGGGAACCGAUAUCAUGUCCUCAACAACAAGGACUGGACUGAUGAUACACAAGUAACAGAGCUGCUGGAGAAGAUAGAACAGAUGGUGGUAAGAAACGGAGGAGCUCACUAUGAAAGACCACAAGAAGAGGAGAAAAAGAAGAAAAAGGACAAGAAAAGGAUAAGAUGGGCGACUCUCUUCAGAGGUUUGCUGAAACGGAAUAGAGCAGAUGACCAGAGCAGAGAGUUGAAUGAGGCUGCAGCACGAUUGGAUGAGUUGAGUCUGCAAGGAAGCAUGAAAACUCCCCCAGACAUGUGUGGAGAUGACAGAUCUGGGAUGUUCACAGUGGAAACCUCAGGCUACGGCACAUACCCAUAUCCAUCACCUUCUGAAAACACUUUAGUAGCCCUCUCUGAAGCCCUCAGGGAGUCUGUAAACACUGAGUGGAGUCCCUUUGAGAUGGACAGGAGGAGCACUGGAGGGGGAGGUGAUAAAGUGUUUUAUCCAGGGAUACGUGGUCCUAAAAUCAUUGGGGAAGAUUCCUCAGAAGACACUUUUCUGGACCAAGAUGAUUUGGAUUCUGUAGACAAUGCUGACUGGAGGAGAGACAUGAGAGGACUGUCUGAUAUUAUGGCUGAGUUGGACAUUUCAGCUGGUGAACCUCAGUGUACGUAUUACAGACCAACAAAUUGCUGCAAAUCCUGUGAAGAUGUUGAAGACACCUCACACUGGAUCCUGAUGGAACCCUGUGUUUCCAUGGAGACAGUAGUCCCAUUGUAUAAACACAGCUCUCCACCAGGAAGUUUUGAGUGCACAGUGUCUGGUUUGCGCUGGGUGUGUGCUGUUGAAGUCUCUCUACAGUAUCACUUCAGUGACCCCCAUGUAUUCAGAGCAGAGCUUGCCAUGUUGCAAUAUGAGCCAAUUGGUCCCUUGAUGGACAUCAAAGUGCUCUCAGGUGAACUGUUGGAGGCUCAUCUGCCCCAUUUUGCCUGUCUGGAAGGUUCAGACUCCUCUCUUAGAGAGGCUGUAAGAGUUCUGCGUGGGGUUGACAGCAGUGUGACUCUAGAGAAAUGUGAGCUGACUCGCUUCCAUCCAAAGCUCCUCAAGCCCUCCUUCUCACUGACAGAAGUCCUGGUGAAAUUAGGAAUCCCAAUGAAAGCCCAUCUGGAUGUGUUAAUCUACCGCACCAGAGUGACACCCCUGGUUCUCCUCACAUAUGUCGUGCCACGGGAUGCUUCCAUGAUUCAGGCCGUUGAAGAGGAUUUACGCAGGACCCAAUAUGCAAAGGAGAUCAUAACACAUCGACCAAACAUCCCCAUUUGGAUAAACACUGAGUUUAGCCUAAAAGGAUCUGUCUGUGAUGCUGAGAUCUCCCCACCACAGAUCACCCUUAAAUACUUCAAACCUCCAGAGUUUUUCAAGGUGGUCAUUAAAAAGCCAGAGGACCGUUUUGAUUUGGAGCUGAAGAGUGAGGGGAAAUCCAUAUGGGAAGCGAAAUUGCACAGAUUUGAAUAUGGUGAAGGGACACACGAUCAUGAGAUUACCUUAGCAGCAUCCAGACAUGAUACUUUAAUGACCUCCAUAUCAAACAAAGAUCGACUGUCCCAUUUCCGGCCUGCUCUUGUCAAGAGGACAUCAGAACCUACACUGAAAGGUCUGCUGUUAGGACUUGAAGCCUAUAAGCCUCCUGUCUUGAGCAGUAUUGAAGUACAAAACAUCCUGCAGAAGACCAGCGUGCUGCAGGACCAGGUGACCUCCCUCAUCGACAUGGUGCUUAAUAAGGGAGACACAGCGUGUGGCAUCAUGCUCUCUCUCCUUGAAAAAAGUGGACUAUUACUUUUAUCAAGACCUUAUCAAGAAAACACAGCCUCUCUGACGACGUGUAGGAAGAAACCUUCUCAUACUGUCAGUGGGGCGUUUGUGUGGUGCGUUGAUGAGGACUAUGAAAUGAGAAAAGACUUUAAUGGUCAUGUCAUCAUCAUUAUACUCAUGAUGUCAGUCAUGGAAGAGGACUGAUGCACAUCAUUCACAUCCAUUCUAUUCUAUCGUUCUCUAAUUCACUCUGAAUGCAUUCUGUAGAACCCCUGUUCUUGAAUGAUACUUAUCAGGUAAAACGUUCUGUGACAUUUUGAAAAAUGUAAUAGAGCCUUCCUGAAAGUGUGUAUCUGAGAUGAAACCUUUGACUGCCCUUCAGUUUGUUGUAAAUGCGCCCCCUGCAGGUGAGAGAGGAGGCUGCAUCGUACAGAUGUAUACAUUAUAAUAUGAGUGAUCUGUGAUCAUAAAGUAACAGAAGAUGGUCAUACAUUUAAUGUAGAUUAUUAAUGUACAUAAUAGAUGUAAAACAAAUCUGUUCCACUGAUUCAGUGAGGCACUAUUCAUCAAUGUCUGAAAAACAAACAGUUAUUAUAUUUGUAUACAUCAUAUUCUAUAUUAAAACAA